AUCUGUUCCUGACACAUGCGUUUGGGGCUGGCUGCUCUGAAAACAACCCCGCUUUGUUCCUCGUCUGAGCUGCUGUGAUGUAGAUUAGCGUAAUAACUUGUGUAACACUCAAAAAGCGCAAAUUUCAACCAUUGAAGUACUUAGUUCAAGAUUUACGGUCAUUUAAAAACAGCACUGCACACCAUAAUGGCGGCUACAGUUUUGAUGUUAAAGGUGUAACAAAAGUACAUAGAACGUCUGGCGGGCCGGAUUGAAAAUCUUAAUGGGCCGCAUGUGGCCCGCGGGCCGUAUUUUGCCCAGGUCUGCGCUACACUAUCCACUUAAAGGAGCCCUAUCAUGAAUAAAACCAACUUCUCUUACCUAUUUGUACCUGCUGUUGUGCAUUUGGGAUCUGCAUUAGUCCCGAACAUUUAAAAUCAAAACGUGGAGAUAUUUAUAAAAUAAUUAUACCUUCUCAUCUACUUCCUCCAAACUGUCCGUAUGGAAUGGGCACAAUUGGUGACGUCAACAAUAGGUUGUAUUCAGUCACGUGACUUUUGAACGGAAGUGAACGGAGUGUUUGGGCCACCAAACCAACAUGGCUACUGUGCAGCAAGGGGCCUACAUCUGACCACUAAAAUCAGGAUUAUCCGUUGGCCGCAUUCCCAGACAUGUUGGAACUAUCUGGUGAUCCAGACAUCAUUUUACACGACAAAACAGAUGAAAACAUGGAAAAGCACACAUGUCUACAACUUCUUUGUGCGUGGCUGGAUCAAGGAAAUUGGUAUCGAGAUUCUCCCGGAUAAAUAUGCAUCGUUUUUGCUCGGGAGGAGUGCUAACAUGGCUGCUGCAGCGCGAGGGCCUACGAUUGGCCGGCCGUUGGAAUUUGCCAAAGAAGAGCAGAGGGCGGUUCACUCCUGGUCCAGGAUUGCGUCUGCCGGUCACAAUGUCGUCCUGGAUGCUCUGAAGAUCCUCAGCCCCAUGUCACGAGACCUCUCAAGCACCGAAGAAUUAGUCACCUUCUUGCAAGAGCUGAGCGAGGAGGGCCACAAGCCCACUGUGCUGCGGAGCAAGGAUGUGUACGGCUACCGCUCCUCCACUAACCAGCUUCUGACUGAAGACAUGCUUAAGCAACCCAACCGGAUUGUCAGACCUACAGCCAAAAAGAGGCGAAGGGUUAGAGUCAAGAAAAGAGAGGUUCACCCUUCAUGGAACAUCUUUGAAAGACGUAACCCCCGAAUCCAGGGGAUUCCACCCCCUGAGCUACUGACGGACCAUCGUGCUGUUGUCUACAACAGGCCGCCUGUUCGGAUGUCAGAGAUUUCCGAGCCGCCCCCCAUGCAGUCGUGCCUCAGACUAACUAAUAUCAAAGGUCUGUCUGGCUGUCACACGGCUAGGCUCCAGAUCCAAACUACAUGGGACUUACCCUGUAAGACACCCCCGGUUGUCUUUUUGCAGAAGCAGCCCCCUCCAGCACUUUCAGGAAUACCUUUGCAGCCUUCCCAGAAUGGUGGUGGGGCCUCCACUCGAGCCGUGGCCUUGUUCAGCCAGAAGAACCUGUCCUGUCCCGUCCGCCUGGACGGGGCCCUCAUCGGAGAUUCUGCGCCAGUGUUCUAUGCUAACGGCCGAGCUUUCCCACAGACACAUACGGAGCUGAGCAGCAACGGCUGGAGGGGCAUUGGCCUCCACCAAAAUGGACUGGGCCCAAAAGAACUGACGAACCCCACCAGGCAAAGAAACCGCUGGAAAGAUAAGCGACGUUUACGAUCUAAAGUCAUAAAGGUGGAUGACUCUCGCUCAGUGGAUGAAGCCCGAUGGAAAGCUCAAAACAUUUUACAGGUUAACCUGUCUCCAGUCAUCCAGAUCCAUCCUCUCAACCAUGUUCUCAGAGACUUCAGAUACCAGAAGAACUGAUGCUCCUUCAAGCAUACCUUCUUUCAUUAGUUAGUGUCUUACAUCCUUGAGUUUCUACCUGGAUACCAGACUUCUUUCAUGGUUUUUGAAAUGUCUGCAGAGGAAACCCAGGUAGGUCCUGAACGUUUUUUGUUUUUUUUUCUUCAUGUUGGUCACAUGAAAGGCUUAAGAAGUUGGAAAUGUAUUUUCCUAGCUGGCUGGGAAAUGAUUUUCCACAGAAUGCUGGUACUUUUCUACGCCACACAAAUCCGGCAUUCUGCUUUCAGUUAAGAUGUCGGCCAAUGUUUCCUCUUCCGUUUUUCACUUGGAUGGUCUUAAUGUUAUGCCAUUAUUUUUGCGUGGAGCACCGUUAUUUCAUUAGUAUUUCAAAUUCCAUGGAAGAAUAGCACCAUUUUGGUUUAAGAAUGAAAGUAUUUUUUGUGUAAUGUCUUGCAGCGGUGAGGCCGGCGUGCUUCCGAAAGACUUGGUCUCCAAUAAACAAAGAUCCUAAAUUGUG